AUGAAAAAUAUCAUGGGCCUGUUCCACCCAUCCAACCAACAAGGGCCCCAGGGCUUCUCUAGUCUCAUCCAGAACGCCUUCGAUGCCGCAGUGCAGGAGUUCAAAGCAAACCUCAACAACGACGCAGUCUACCAGAAGAUCCUCUCCGUUACCUCCAUCGAUGAAGUCUACGACCUUACCGAUCAGCUUCAGGCCGAACAAGGCAGAAAGGGGCACCUGCGACACCUGGCCAAGAUCGAGCCUUACCUGAACCGUCUCCGCGACUACGCAGCAGUAAUUGAAAACUUUGUCCAAAUCAAGCCGGAAAUCAUGGCCCUGAUCUGGGGUCCGAUCAAGCUGCUGCUCCAGUGGAGUAGCGUUCUCGCUCAGUCCUUUGAUGCAAUCCUUCAAAUAACGGGCGAUAUCGGGGUCUUGCUGCCGGAGUUCCAGGAUUGCGCGGUCUUGUUCGCGCAGAACAGUCGUAUCUAUGAUCUGAUGGUGCUGUUCUUCAAGGAUAUCCUGGACUUUUACCAGGUGGGGUUGAAAUUCUUCACCAUGUCGCGAUGGAAGUAUUUUUUCGAGUCUGUCUGGCCUCGUAAGAGAGGCCGUAUCAAUCUGGUCAAGACUCAUAUCGAAAGACACUCUUUGCUUAUGCGGAAUGAAGUACGUCUAGAGCACAUUCGCGAGGAACACGAGGCUCGAUUGAAGGCCUUGGAGCAUUUCAAAGCGGAAGAACGUGCUCAGCGACUACAGCAGUUUCAUGUGAUCAAAACCGAUGUCAAUCCGAGGAUGUACGAUGACAAGCUGAACUGGUGUCAUGGUCGCAUUUGCGACGGAUCGGGCGCAUGGCUGCUUAGGGACAAGGCUUUCACCCGUUGGCUGAAUUUCUCGGCUGGGACGCCGCCCGUUCUCUGGCUUCAAGGCAUUCCAGGUGCCGGCAAAACAUUUCUUGCCAGCUUAGCUAUCGAUAAGACACGCACAGUAGCCCACACGGCCUUCGCUUUCCUGAGUCACACAUACAGUAGCAGUACCUCAGCUCUGAGCGUGCUGCACUCUUUAAUAUUCCAGCUCGCAGGACGAAAUGAGGAUAUGCAGGAUGUGCUCUGCCAUUCCACCCACGACCGCAUCCGGAGUGAUGUUACUGUUGCUAUUGGGCUUCUCAGAGACUUAUUGAAUUGUGCAGGUCCCGCAUUUUUGGUUGUCGAUGGUGUGGAUGAGAUCGAAGAGCCUGAGCGUGGGAUUCUCCUCAAGCAGCUUCUAGUCUUGUCGGAAAAGUGCCCCGAAACGCGGGUCUUCAUCAGCAGUCGGCGAGAGAGCGACAUUGCUGCCAUUUUGGAAAAGAUAUCGGAGUCAAUUCGAAUUGACAAAAGAAACGAGGAAGGUAUUCAGGCAUUUAUAAGUCAGCAGCUGAGACAGAUGUUUGAAAGUCGUGAAUUUCCACCCGACGUCCAGACGCAAAUUCGCCAAUCCAUGGAGCCGCUAGCUUCAAAAGCCAAUGGAAUGUUCUUAUAUGCCAAGGUUGUCUUGAGCAGUAUUGAGCUGCUAGACGACGUCGCGGAGAUUUGCGAAGAGCUGAGCCUUCUACCAGAAGAUUUGGACAGCGCCUAUGCUCGAAUUCUACUUCGGAUUAAUAAUCUACGACCGCCAUCUGUCAAGGCAAAAGCCAGAAGAAUUCUAGCCUGGGUGGGCUGCUCACCCACGCCGUUGACUUUGCGGGAGAUGGAGCAAGCCCUGAGUAUUCAGCCCGGCAAUUUCAAUGCAGGAAGAACAUUGAGCGCAGCUCCAAAUCUCAACAAGCUAUGUGGACCAAUAGUUGAGGUUACUGGCGAAUACGUACAGUUUGUUCACUUUACGGUAAAAGAAUAUUUCUUUAGCACAGACGUAACCGACCAUAUCAGUUUGAUCGAUGGAACUUUCGACUUAGCCACAACCUGCAUUACGUAUUUCUGUCAGGGAUCUCACAAUCCUGAUGUCGUCAGCGAUGACGAUCAAUUCACCCAGCAUCUCAUUGAAGGUAGUUAUAGGCUGCACUAUUAUGCGCAAGAGAGAUGUUUUGAAGUCCUUCAGAUCUACCUACGCUGGUCGAAUAAUGCGAAGCCCCCCUCGAGCCUUUUUAAUUGCCUCAAUAUGUUGAUGGCUACGCUCAGGAAUGAUCAAUUCGCGCUCGCGGCGGAUGACGGACGCCUUAUAGAAGCUUCAUUUCUACAUAACUUUGAAGCAGAUCACCCAGAACUUUACCAGUUUCUGUACAACAUCUAUCGAUUCCGUUAUAUGUGCUCACAAGAAUCGUAUCAUCUCAAUGAAGAAACGAAAUGGGUUGAUUUCGAUCCACUGGUAUCAUCCCAAGUAUCAAUUCGGCUUUAUCAAUACAUCGGCAAAGUGCGGUGUACUUCCAGCUCUAACAAUGCCGGAUGCCAAUUCGGACUCCUCGACCGUGUUUUCGGUUUACAGCCCUACAAAUGCGGGUAUUUAAAUUGUCCUCUCCAACGCCGUGGGUUUGAGUCCAACGCCAUACAAAAGCGGCAUGAAGCCGAACAUACUCGUGUUUGGAAAUGUCCUGUUUCAGGUUGUGAGUAUGCAAGAAUUGGAUUCUUGUCUGCGAACAUGAGAGAUCAGCAUGCAAUCAAAGCUCACCGAAAGCCAAAUGAUUCGAUUGACAUUCUUCACGACAGCCAUAUGUCACCCGAAGACGAGUUUGAAUUUAUCCUAGAUCUAGUCAGGUCUAACGAUGUUGAGGCUAUCAAUUCCCUCGCCCCUACUGAAUUGGGGGCGAAACUUGGGUAUGUAUCCAGCAGCUCUUACAAACUCGGAAAGAUACUGGGAAGAAUUGGGUCUGCAUCAAUCGUGGGAGUACUUUUGCCAUAUGCCGAAUCACAGUACAUUUAUUUGGAAGCUAUACUGGCUUCGAAUACUGACGUUCUCAACUGGCUAAUUGAUGCAAAAAUAAAAGACAAAUAUUAUGCACAUUUACGAUUUGUUUGCAGAGAAUUCGCACGGUGCGAUUCGGCAGAGAUGCACGAUAUUGGCCGCAGAUGGUUUGCAAUGUCUCGAAAUGCAGAAUGCCAAGCCCCUCUCAAACUGUACGAUGCAGUCAUGAGUCAAGAUGUGAUCGGUGCUACAGCAAGCAAACCGGGCAGAGAGGACUUUUUAGUCUCACUGUGGGAUUCGGUUUGGUCAUAUUUCAGUCAAAGUUGGAUUUCACAGGCGUUGAAGAACGUUGCCAAGACAACUUGCUCUCUAAGACUCGGGCAGAUCCUGAUUCAACAUGGAGCCAAUGUUAAUGGGAUUGUCAAAGGUAGCAAGAUUUUGGCACUCGAAUAUGCAACCCGAAGAUCUACAGCGAAAAAUGCCGAAUUUGUCAAGUUUCUUCUGUUUCAUGGUGCUGAUGCACAGCCCACUUCAACCUCAGUUAUUAUAUCCAACCAGAUCGGGGCGAAGGAGAUAUCUCGUUGGCUUGGGACCUCGUGGGACGAAUUGGUGAAACAGGCCAAAGCCCAUAUAGAUGGGAACCUACCCGCUUUUUGA